UAUACUAUUAUGUCUUCAUCUCCGCUGUUCAUCUCUGACGAUCUCAUUUAUGAGGUAUUAUCUCUUCUCAAAGUGAAAUCAGUUCUUCGAUUCAGAUGUGUUAGCAAGAAUUGGGAUACUCUAAUUUCCGAUCCCACUUUUGUUAAAUUGCAUCAGGAGAAAUCAGCAAAACAAAAUCCUCACUUCUUACUCAUCACUGAACAUAAAACACAUAUCCAAGGCGAGUCACCCUAUGAUAGUGAUGAUGAAUGUGAGUACGAAUGCGGUGUCAUUCCCUACUCUGUAAGCAGCUUACUCGAGAAUCCCUCGUUCGACCUUUCCGUCGACUCUUACUACUUGGUCCAACAUAAAGGAUGCUCUAAUAUAGUUGGUUCCUACAAUGGAUUGAUCUGUUUAAGUGGUGAAUCAUACGGCCGCGAGUAUUAUGAGUGUUGGUUCCGAUUAUGGAACCCAGCCACCCAGGCAACAUCGCCAAAAUUAGGGUUCUUACGCUUAUUUCACAAUCGUCCCGGCUGCGCUGCCGAUAAUGGCUAUUUCAAUUUUACCUUUGGUUAUGAUAACUCUACAGGCACUUAUAAGAUAUUUGCCUCACGUUACGUUUUUCGUAAAAGGAGAAGCGAGGUCAAAAUUCUAUGUUUGGGUGAUGAUGUUUGGAGAGAUAUUCAAACUUUCCCUGUUGAGCCCUUGUACUAUUGUAAAACUGGUGUGUCUUUCAAAAGCACUAUUAACUGGUUGGCCAUUCAUAAUAUAAUUUACUACAGCUGUAAUAGUUAUAAGUAUAUUACUACUGAUCAGUUUUUGAUUGUUUCGUUUGAUUUGAGGACAGAGACAUACAAUCAGUACUCAUUGCCUCCUGAAUUUGAUCAAGUUCCACCUAGAGCUCCAAUUAUUGCUGUGUUGGGAGACUGUCUUUCUUUUUCUUAUUUUUCUUAUGAAACCGAACUUAUUAUAUGGCAGAUGAAGAAAUUUGGGGUCGAAGAUUCUUGGUCUCAAUUCCUUAAAAUUAGUUGUCACUCUCUUCAAAUUCAUUAUGACUAUAGUGAAUAUAUGUUGUUUUUUUUUGAAUUGGUUCCACUAUUUCUUUCUAAGGAUGGUGAUACACUUAUACUUAAAUGCUUUCAAGAAGACCAAGAAAUUCUCUAUAAUAGGAGAAAUAAUACAGUAGUGCGAACAAAAAUUACUGCAACUACAACAACUACUGAUGAUAGAACUGUUCAUUCUAUCUCUUGCACAGCCAAUGACCAUAUUGAAAGCUUAGUUUCAGUUUUUCUGAAAAGUUAGGAAGACCACCAAGAGCUAAUAUAGUGUGGGAAUUCCGAGUUUAGACAAACGGCAGCUAAGGCAGUGUCUGGGGAGGAAGAAUUGCAGGGGGUGCAUAUAUGAGAGACAGACAUUUUUAAAUACUUAAUUUAUCCUUGAAUGGUUUUGGCAAGAAACAAUGAUUGUAGCAUCAGUUUUGGAAUGCCGCUGUCACUCAUAUGAGAAGGCAGCUUCUUUUCUGUUAUUUCAAUUUCAUUGUUUCCUACAAAUUAUUUGGUUAUAUUAUUCUCUUGCAGUUAUAUCACUUCUCAGAUGCCAUAACUUAGGAUUACCACAGUUAGCAUUUAUUUUUAGUUAGGCCUUUCAAAUGUUUGAAGGUUUGAUUAAUCAUAUCAACUGUGAAUAUUAAUGUUCAUCAUGUUUUGAUCAUCUGAGUUUAGCCAAGUCAUGAGUGGCUAUAAUUCUAUGGUUUUAACUCUGUUGGGAAGCUGUACUUUGUAUUUAUCUCUUCAUGGUGAUUAGUUAGGAAUACGAGUGAAUCUCUUUCCACUCUUGCCAUGAAUGACGAGAACAAUGAAACGAAGGAGAAGAUAGUUGAAAGUAGUGGAUAAUAACCCCCUGCAUAAGAGAGAAUCAUUCUUCCCAACUUACAUAAGCUGGAUUUACUGUUUGAGUAUCGCAAUCGGCAAUUGAGAGUAAUUGCUCAGGAAUUUGCGAUGUAACGGCAUAUUUCGUUAAUUGCAUACCACAAUACACCUUCAACUUGACGCUACUAUUAGCAAUAGUUUGAUUCUUCAAUUUUUUACAUUGUUUGAAAGUAAAUUUGACAGCAACAAUGACUUUUUCAUGAUCACAUAAGGACAUAUUUCUUUAUUUGCAUGCCUCGAAGCACACCUUCAACUUGAUGCUUCUUUUAACAAUAGUUUAAUUCAUCAAACCUGACUUAAAUUCUUUGUUUGAAAGUAAAUUUGACAGCAACAACGACUUGUUCACGGUCGCAUAAUAACAUAUUUCAUUAUUUGCAUAACUCAAAGAACACCUUAACUUGAUGCUUCUAUUAGCAAUAGUUUGAUUCAUCAAACUUGACUGAAGUUUGUUGUUUGAAAAUAAAUUUGACAGCAACAAUGACUU